AGGAGGAGGAGGAGGAGGAGGAGGAGGAGGAAGAGGUGGAGGAGGAAGAAGGGGGGAGGGUGAGACGCGGACGGCACGCAGAGAGGCGCCGGGUCAACGCGCCAGGUAACAACGCCUCAGGACAUCCGCUCGCGUCCUCGCCGCCGACGUCCUUCUCGUCGUCCUCGCCGUGGUCGUCGUCGUCGCCGUGGACGGCGCCGCGACGACGUUCUCUCUUCUCCUCGAACGUGGACACCGAGCCUCGUCCCAUAAGGAUAUUACCAUGUCCUUCCACGCCGCCUCCUGGAGCUUCGCCCUCCUCGCGGCCACGGUCGCGUUGCUGCCCGCCACGCAUCGUGCCCCGUUCGCGCAAGCCGCAACCGGCGGAGGCAGUAUGCUGAAUGACGUCAACAUCUCCGCGAUAUUGGACUCGUUCUCCGUCAGUUACGAUAAAAGAGUAAGGCCGAACUACGGAGGUCCACCAGUGGAGGUCGGAGUCACCAUGUAUGUCCUCAGCAUCAGCUCCGUGUCCGAAGUGUUGAUGGACUUCACGCUGGAUUUUUACUUCCGGCAAUUCUGGACGGAUCCACGGCUCGCAUUCAAGAAACGUACGGGGGUCGAGACGCUGAGCGUCGGCUCCGAGUUCAUCAAGAACAUCUGGGUACCCGACACGUUCUUCGUCAACGAGAAGCAGUCGUACUUUCAUAUUGCUACCACCAGCAACGAGUUCAUUCGUAUUCAUCACUCGGGAAGCAUCACGCGUAGUAUACGUUUAACGAUCACGGCAUCGUGUCCGAUGAAUCUGCAAUAUUUUCCAAUGGACCGACAGCUCUGCCAUAUCGAGAUCGAGAGCUUUGGAUACACAAUGCGCGAUAUUCGGUACAAAUGGAACGCCGGCCUACAGUCGGUCGGCAUCUCGAACGAGGUGGAACUACCGCAGUUUCGCGUGCUCGGUCACAGGCAACGACAUUCAACCAUACACCUAUCUACAGUCGGAUACACGAUGAGGGACAUCCGGUACAAGUGGAACGAGGGACCGAACAGCGUCGGUGUCAGCAACGAGGUCUCCCUGCCUCAGUUCAAGGUCCUUGGUCACCGCCAACGAGCCAUGGAGAUUAGUCUAACUACCGGAAAUUAUUCGCGGCUGGCCUGCGAGAUCCAGUUCGUACGGUCGAUGGGCUACUACCUGAUUCAAAUCUACAUACCAUCGGGCUUGAUCGUCAUUAUAUCGUGGGUGAGCUUUUGGCUGAACCGUAACGCGACCCCCGCUCGGGUCGCCCUCGGAGUGACCACCGUGCUCACCAUGACCACCCUAAUGUCGUCGACGAACGCGGCGUUACCGAAAAUCUCCUACGUCAAGUCGAUCGACGUUUACCUGGGCACAUGUUUCGUCAUGGUGUUCGCCUCGUUGCUCGAAUACGCGACGGUGGGCUACAUGGCAAAGAGGAUUCAAAUGAGGAAGAACCGGUUCCAAAAAAUCGCGGAGAGUAUGAAGACGGCGAGGGAGAACCCAGGCCCGCCAGGGGUGCCCGGUGAUCACGGCGAUCACGCGCCUAAGCAAACUUGGUCCCGUGUUGUCCAGGAGGUGCGGUUCAAGGUCCACGACCCGAAGGCACACAGCAAGGGUGGAACGCUCGAGAACACUAUAAACGGGCGGGCUGACGAGGAGGCAGCGCCGGCGCCGCAGCAUCUUAUCCAUCCUGGGAAGGAUAUCAACAAGCUUUACGGUAUGACGCCAUCGGAUAUCGAUAAAUACUCCCGCAUCGUGUUUCCGGUAUGCUUCGUCUGUUUCAACCUAAUGUACUGGAUCAUCUACCUGCACAUCAGCGACGUCGUGGCGGACGAUCUCGUGCUUCUCGAGGAGGCGAAAUAAGCGAAGAGGGCGCGGACGAGAGACAGUGCGGUUAAACACAGUUACGAAAAGUUGUGGAGAAAAUUGGGGGAUGGAGACGAAAGGGGGGAUCGAGGCAAGGAUCCGGCCGCGAACUGUGAUCGCUUCGUUCGCAAGAAGUCGAGCGAAGUUGGAUAAACUUGUACAACGAUGAGACCGGUAACGUAGCCGCGGUUGGAUCGACGCGAGUGGAACUCUGCGUGAAAAAUAAGGAGGAUGGAUGGAAGGGAGGGAGGGGAGUGAAAGUUAGCGGUCGAUCGAUCCGACUGGGGGGACACUGUUCCGCGACACAGUGCGAAAAUGAAAAGUGUCGGAUCGGGAGGAAAAUGGGCGAGCAGAAACCGGCCUCGAGUAAGGGGUUAGAGACGGUCGCUGGUCAGACCGGUUGGACGACUAAAACGCGCUGUGACUACUACUACUACUACUACUACUACUCCUGUGACGUUCUUCAAUCUCGUAAAUUUCGCCUGCGACGCGAUGCUCGGAUCUUAUUCUCGUCGCUGAUUUCUCGUCUCCCCCCGUGUCUUUUUUUUUUUUUGUUUUCGAAUCACCACGUGAACGUGAAUACGAAUAUAAUCAUCCACGAGAUACGCGAGAAAUCGAAAGUUGGGGAAACAUGGUGGCAGAUGGAAGAUGGAGGAACGAGAGGGAAUUACGGAGUUCGAGGACAAGAAGGGAGAAAAGUAAAGAAUUCGAAAAACUAAAAAAAGAACCGUGCAUACUUUAAACAUUGCCAGUCUAGGUACCUAGGUCUUUAAAGAGAAAAAAAAGAAAAAAAAGAAAGAAGAGAAUAUAAACUUCGAUAUAAACACUUGUCAAUUUAGCCACCAUUAUAUACAUACAUAUAUACAUACAUAUAAAUAUAAAUAUAAAUAAAUAAAUAAAUAUAUAUAUAUAUAUACAUAGUAAAAAGAAAGAAAAGAAAAAAAAGAAAUUAACUAAACAAGUAAGAAGAAGUAAAAAAAAAAAUAAGGAGCUCGAUUACGACGAAUCGAGUAACGGAGAACGGUGAAAUUCUAAGAAGAAGAAAAAAAUAAAUUAAUAAACGAGUCGAUCGAGAUAUUCAACGAUCGUCGGCUCGAAUGGCGCUCGAGUGUACAUGUGAUGCAGAGAAGAGAAGAAAGGAAUAAUCGCGUGAUAUCUGAGAGUAUCUGCGUGUGAGAAUCCGCGUGUAUGUGUGUGCGCGCGCGCGCCACUGUCCUACGUGUACAAGUGCGUGCCUUUGUGUGCUUGUAUUGUUCUUGCCCGUAUGUCUGUAUACGCGUACGUGUGCCUCCAUGCGUGUGUGUGUGUGUGUGUAUUCUACGAGCGCCAGCGCACGUGCACGAAAAGAGAAGGAAAGAGGAGGGGGAAAAAAAAACAAUUUUUAUUUCGAACGAAGACGAAGAAAGAAAGAAAGAAAAAAGAAAAAAAAAUAAUAAUAACAAAGAAAAAGAAAAAAAAAAAAGAAGAAAAAAAAACGGUUCACUACCGGAGACUGGUGCGACUUAAAUAAAUCCGUUAUUAACAAAUAAACACGUUCUAAUAAAUAAUACUAUUACGUACGCCACGUAAGGAGACGCGUAAAACAAAACGUGUGCGUGUAGAUACGUGGAUCGCGUACGUAUAUAUAUAUAUACAUAUAUAUAUAUAUACGGACGUGCAUAUUAUAUUAAAUUACAAGUAAGUAAUUACACGUACACGAUUAUCCGCGCGUCGACGAAUCCUCGAAGCGUCCACGCUUGAUGAAGAGAAAAAAAAAAAAAAAAGGACACGAUCGAUCCUCCGCCUCCGUCGCGAGCCAGGAAGAAGAGGAUCGAUCGAGGAGGGGGGAGGAGAGGGCGAAACGGCGAAAUCCAGUAGCAUCCAUAGUACGUAGGACGUGGACGUGGUCGACCUCAGCUCGACGGGCGGAAAGGGGGGUGGGGACACAACUUAUUUCGACCGCGAGUCGCAUCAUUUCGAGGUAGAGCUGUUUUCUCGAAUGUCUUUUUUAUUGCCACGAACAUUAUGUGUGUCCGUUUCAUUUUAUACCACUUUUUUACCAUUUAUAGAACUCGUCGGGCGAAGCGACUUUUAUAUUUCCGUCACUUCUUCACGACCGCGGAUAAUAACCUCCCUCGGAAUCGUGUAACUUCCGUUCGAAAACGUCGCGGCGCGCGCGUAGAGACCUCCGUACGUUGUUCGUGUACGUGGCUCAAACGUGGGGGAAGGGAGGGAGAGGAAAGGGGGAGCGCGAGUUUUUAGUAACUGUACCCGUGUAUAAACUAAAAUCGUCGAACCAUCGUAGGGAUCGCGAGUAUGUUGUACACGUAGAGAUCUGUCUCCUCUAUCGAUGGCGCAAUCGAUAAUCGGAAAACGUAAACGAUUUGUUCAUUUUUGUGCGAGUUUUUCAACCCUCGGCCCGAGGGGAGAUGCGCCCGAAGGAGGCCGAAUCGAAAUUUUCUUCUCUCGUCAUUUGAUUGAACGGAGAGGAAGGAUCGAGAAAGAUAAAUGCUCCUCGUUCCGUUUUUUAGCGGCACGCGAGCGAGGGGAACGACUGAAGGAUGGGAUGAGAAAAGCGGAAGGGAAGAGAAUUCUCGAGGAAAGAGAGAGAGAGAGACGGCGAAUCCUUUGAAUCGUUUCUCCUAUUCUAAUGGUCCUUCUAAAUUGUGCGAGUCGCUUCACAAGUUAUUAUACGUGAAUGCGAGCCCCGUUCGAAUUCCUCCGCGUGACGUCCUCGUAUCGAGGGGGGAAAAGAACGAAGCGAGAAAUUGCGAGAGGAUUGUCGCGACGGGAAUACGAGGCGCCGCGCAUAAAGCGUGGCACACACAGGGAGGGAAACAAGCCGCGAUCGCAUUCAUCAUACUCGGCGCGUGGAUUAGUUUUUUCGAAACACACGUACACCGGUCCUCCCGUUUGAGAGGCCCUUCGUCUUCUCCCUGCUAGCUGUUCCGCCGCCAGUACAGCUUUUUGCCGAGUUAAUUAACGCCAAUUGUAUGCCGUUCUACUUCCGUCUUUUGGAUACUCCAUGCUUGGCGUUUUUUUCUAUUCACCCUUCUCUCUCUCUCUCUUUCUCUCUGUACGCCCUUCCCUCUUUUUCCUUUCUGACGGCGCGCACACACGCAUAUCCCAUUCUCCCUUUCCUCCUUGAUUCAUUCCUGUUCCCCGGUCUACCGGUGUCUGUCUCUCACCCCUCGUCCCUCUUUCCCUCUACUCCUACUUUCGUCUGUUCCAGCGUGGUUGCUGGCUGCAGACUGGGUCGUGGAAGUUUGCCAUUCAGGAUAUCGACCAACUGACACGCCCAACCCACCCUCCCUCUAUCCCUCCUCCUCCUCCCUCGCACAUUCGAUCUCUCCCUCCCGACUCUACCUCUCUCUCUCUCUCUUCCCUUCCUCUCUCCCCACACCGCUCUUCUCCUCACAAUCGCCAAACAAUCCGUUUUCCAGACGCUCUUGCUCAUUGUGCAUUUAAUAAGGAGCUUCUUGCUUUGGUACUCUGCGAGGAGAAUUCUUUAUAAAAGUAGGUAAUCUUGCUCGAGGAUCUCCUUGGGAUCGCCAUCCCCCUCGAAAUACGCGGAAGAAGAAGUAUGGCCGAGGGAUUAGAAUAUUUUCGUAUUUGGCCGCCCCGUUCCACCCACCCACCUGGACCGAUGGCAACCGAUGACAAACGCAGUCCCUCGGAUCGUUUGUCGUUAUUUAUCAUCGACAAACGCGCUCGUCGUUUGUUGCGUUCCGUUUGUAGAGAAUGUAGAUAGUAAAUAGGCGACGAUUUCUUUUUCGAUCCGAUUACGUUUUCGAAUACGAAGAAGAGGGAGGGGGGAGGCAAACACACAAGUACUACUACUCGCGGGGAGGACGGAGAAAAGGGACGAAUCGAUACCAUUUCGGAGUGAUUGGAACGGGACGAAGAAUUAACCUUCUUAACCCUCGUUCGUCUCUUCGUUCUGCACUGUAUUUUAUCAAUGAUAAUUGUAAGUAUAUCGACGAUACUUCCACGUCCGCCCCACCGGAAGCAUUAUUAUUAUUAUUAUUAUUAUUAUCAUUAUUAUUAUUAUUACGCAAUUUAUAUUACAACCGAUAUACAUCUGUUAUCUCGAGUCUCUCUCUCUAUUAUAGCGAGAAAGGAAGGGAAAGGGAAUAGCGUUUUUUAUCGUUGUGAUAUACUAAAUAGUGUCUCUAAAUAUGCAUCUAUCCAUACGUAUAUAUACAUAUGCAUCGCGUAUGCAUCCGUGCAUACCCACGUUGUUUGUAUAUAACGUAUGUACGCGUGUGCCUAUUGUUUACGUUUAAUCUAUGAGCCGUGUGCACACGAGGAACUGGCACGUCCAAUGGUUGAGGAGGUGGAGGAGGAUAAGGGGCUCUUCCGAUAGAUAGCUAGCUAUAAUAGGUAGUUAGGCUAAGCGAGUUAUAAUAACGAAAAGAAGUUUCAGUUGAUGAUCGUUCUUCGUCUUUUUCUUCGUCUCUUCUUUUUUUUUCCUUCUUUCUUUUCUCUUCUUUUUUUCUUUCCCCCCUCUUUUUCCAAUUCUCCCUAUGAAUGGGAGAAUAUAAUAACAAUCAAAGUUAUUACAAUAAUCGAGAGACGAAAUUAUGUCGUGAUAACAUGGAGAGGGAUUCGAUAUCGUGAUCGAUAUUCCUAUAAAAAUUUCUAUAAAAAAUGAAUUGUAAGAUAGAAUGAAAACGAAUAUAAAAAAACGAAUACAUUUUCAAUAUUGUCGAACGAGCUACUCGACGAGAUUAUUAAAAAUUUGUUAUUGAUUCAACAAUUGGUAAGUUAAACAUAAUCGAAACGUGUUGCUCUUGGAAUCUUUUUAAGGUAUUCUUUUUGAAACGCCUCGAAAACUGAUAGAAGAUAAAUUAAGUAACAAUUCCUUGACCCUCGUUAUCGAUGAGCACACUUGUAUCACGUUGAAGCACGUGUUGAUAUAUAUAUUGCCUUGAAAAUCGCGCGCCAGUUCCUCCGAAACCGACCACGGUCAAUUAUUAUUAUUAUUACUGUUAAUUAUUUUAUUAAUAAUUAUUGCUAUUAUUAUUAUUAUUAUUAUUAUUAUUUAUACUAUUAUAUAUAUAUAUAUAUUAUAUAUAUAAACGUUUUAAAGAUGAAUAAGAUAUUUACGACGAUCUCUGGCAAGACGCGCAAAGAAACAAAAAAGAAAGAAAGAAAGAAAAAGUGCGAAAGAAAACGGAAAAAGAAUGAAAACGAGACUCGCGUUAUCGAUGAUCACCUACAUGUAUAUAUAUAUAUAUAUAGAUAUAUAUAUAUAGAUAUAAAUAAUUACCGCGUAUAUUAUUAUAUAUAUAUUACCGAGAAAUGAGACGACGUCGUUUAAUCACCAGUCGAGCACCAUCGACGCGCGCGCGGAUAUAUCUCGGCGCUCGAACGAGGCGAGGACGAGAUUGUAAAAAAGAGAAAAAAAAAAAAAGAGAAAAAAGAAAAAGGAAAAAAAAAGAGAGAGAAGGGAAAAACCGAAAAAUAUUAAAAAUAAGAAAAAAAAGAAGAAAAAGAAAAAAAAUUAAUGAAGAAAAGGGGGGGAGAGAAAGAGAAGAAACCUAUUAAUAAACCUAUACAAAAAAUCGAUACAUCUGUAAAUAUAACGAGUUUUAUACACAGAGCGAUUGUAUUCGUUAAAGUAAAAGAGAGAAAAAAAAAAAAGAGAAAAAAAAAAGAAAAGAAAAGAAAAAAGAAAGAAAAAAAAAACAGAGAGAGUACCUACUGCGAAGUAAUAUAUAUAUAUACAUAUUAUAUAUAUACAUAUAUAUAUAUAUAUACAUAUUAUAUAUAUAUAAAUAUAUAUACGCAAAUUGUAGUGCACACGAGAAUGUGACUGUUCGCACAUAUUUAGGUAAAUCACUUUUAAAAGUAUAGGGGAAAAAUAAAAAAAAAAAAUGUAGAGACUGGAGGCACGAAAGGAAAGAUCGAAAGAAGCAAGAUUACGUACGUACGUAUGUUCGUUCGUUCGUUCGUUCGUUCGGUGAUUGAAUGAAAUUAAUUUGGAAUAAAAUGUAAAAUCAGUGUGAAAGAGAGGAAGACGGUGAGAAAGAGAGAGAGAAAGAGAGAGAGAGAAUGAGAAAGAGAGAGAGAGAGAGAGAGAAUAUUUAUAAUUCAUACACGGAAGGAAAUGGUAAACGGAAUGAUUGAUACGCGGCGAACGAGAGUAUUUUCCAAAAAUCGACGAAUCGAUCGAGAAUCGUGCACAAAAAGUGAAAAGAAGAAAAAGAAAAAGGGGAGAAAAAAAAAAAGAAAAAAAAUAAAAACACGAAGACGACCAUCGUACCCACGUAUCAUCACCCACGAAACGCACGAAACGUGUUCUCGCGAUUUUUUUUUUCCCGCGUCUUUCUUUCAGAAAGAGAAAAUUCGUCGCGGAAUUGCCGAACGAUCGACCGCAAGAUCGAAAACGAAUUCUAAAAAAAUAAUAACGUAGUGAAGCAAGCAUUGAUUUCUCAUUGAUCUCGGACGAUCGUUCGAGCUGAACGUCGCUCGUUACACACAAGUUCGGGAAACGCGUAAUUGCUCAAAAACGAAGAAGCUCCUCAAUCGGCGUGCGCUUCGGAAUUCUUUUUUUCAUUUCGUAACCAAUCGUUGUUUCUCGUAUAUAUACAUACAUACAUACAUAUAUAUAUAUAUACAAUGCAAAAAAGACGUGGCAUUGAUCUUGUUUCUCAUUGUUUGACCGACAGUCGGGGGAAGAGGGGGAGGAAAAGCAUGUGGGGGAAGAAAAAAGAAAAAAAUGUUCCUAUCGAGAGCGCAAAGAUAUUUUCUAAUAGAACGACCAAGGGGGGAGAGAUUUUUAGAUCGCCUGUGAGGAGCAUCGUGGCUCGUUCAUGAUGGUCGUCUUCGUGAAAGGGAAAAAAAAAAAAAAAAAAAAAAAAACCAAAGCCACGAGCGUGCACACGACAAGACCAUGUGAGUUCAAAUCGCGAUGUAACGAAAACUGCCAACUUCAUAUUGCAAUAUACGUUUUAGUCAAUCGUGGCGAGAUGCACGUGGGGGAAAAAAAAAAAAAAAAAAAAAAAAAA